UGAAAUCGAAGGCCAAGUUGAUAAGGACCAAAGCCAUGGAAUAACGACAUGAUAUGAGUGACGCCCGCAAUUGCCGUGCCCAACUAUCCUUGGCAGCCUCACGCUAUGAAGAGGAUGUGGUCCCCCCGGGCCACAGCAGCGUGUGGGGCUCUUUCUUUUCAUCGCAAGAUGGCUGGGGCUACGCCUGCUGCCGUGCAACCGACAAGAAUGCUCCAGCAUGCUGUGAGUCUGAGAGGCCAGCCCUUCCAGAGUCCAAGAGAGCAGAUCAAGCUCCAAACGAAAAGGCAUCACCCUGCACGGGGUCCGGCAGUUUUGAGGAGUGCUUGAUCCAUCAGGUGACGAAGUCCUGGAUGCCAAGGAGCUCUUUCCAGACAUCGGUGGGUUUCCUGGCUCAUGCGCUGCAAUACCUCCUUCAGUGUUGGAGAUCCGCUGGCACCAAAUCACCCGAGUUCGUGCCGCGUGGGGACCGCAUGCCGUCCCAGAAAGCGAUGGACGAGGUGGACACUGCCAUUCGGGACCUUUCAGACAAGCUUGGUGCUCAGAAGCUUCCAUUGGUUUUGCUGCUUAAGCUGGAGGAGAUGGUGACAUGCAUCGGCGAGAAGGAGUACACCAGCGCCAACAAGAUCUAUAUGGAUUUGGUAAUCGGAAGCAAGAAGUGGCUCAAUGAUAUGCCGUACAUGGUGAACUUCUCCAUGGCUCGGCAAGACACUGAGGUGCAUUGGACACCACAGUCCAGCACAGAUCCAGUCGAGGAGGCUGGCGUGCGUGAGCACAUCGUCCAUGUCAGUGCGUGGGAAGCCGGCUUACGGCUUAUGUUGCUUUUGGAGCAAGGUGUUCCCACUCCUUUUCACAUUGUUCACUCCCCAGGUUCCUUUGACUUUUCAGGUGGCCCUUCGACGCUUGAUGAUGGCCUUGCAGGCGUUGGACCCGAACGCGGAUCCGUCCAAGAACUGCGGAUGAGCUGGCUGGUCACCUCAGUCCCCGACGUGCGAGGUGAUGUGCCAAACGAGCUGAAGACCGUGCAACAGGUGGUAUCCACAAAAAUGGACAACGAGGACAACACCCCUGAGUGCUGAAAACUGCACCGAUUUGCUGAGUGGAGUUUGGCUCCAACGACGCAGACGAAGACGAAGACCG